UCCAGAGGUUUUGUUGGUGUCACUGCUGCCAAGUUGGAUCACGACCUGCUGUCCUCACAGGGCUUGCUGAGCACCAUGUCCAAAGACCUGAAGAUUCUGUGCAGCGACUUCUACCUGGAGCUGAGCAAGGACCGGAGCCAGCAUUUCAGUGCUGAUAACAGAGAGCAUGAAAAAUUACUGAAGGAAAGCUGCACUCUAUAUGUGGGGAAUCUUUCCAUUUAUACAUCCGAGGAGCAAAUAUUUGAGCUCUUUAGUAGAUGUGGUGAUAUCAGAAAUGUAUUUAUGGGCUUGGAUAAGUUAAAGAAAACACCAUGUGGUUUCUGUUUUGUAGAAUACUACAACAGAGCUGAUGCUGAAAAUGCCAUACGGUUCCUAAAUGGGACCAUCUUAGAUGACCAUAUCAUCCACACAGAGUGGGAUGUAGGCUUUAGAGAGGGCAAACAGUAUGAGUGUUAUGAAGACUUCAAUGCUGGUAGAGGAGACUUUGUAAAAGAAGCUCAGGCCCAUGAUUAGAGAGAAACUCCCUAGUGAAAAACUUGCAGCUCUCACAAAAAUUUUUAAUUACUUUUUCUUCUCAUCAAAAACCCUUUUGAUGUAUUUUCUCUCUAAAAAGUUAAUA